AUGUCAAGCACUAAUAACGUCCCAGGUGGUCAACGUACCUUGCAAAAGAGAAGACAAGCUCAAGCUGUCAAGCAAAGAAAAGACGAAAAAUCCGUUCAAAAGGCUUCGCAAAUCAGUGAUGAAAAGAAAGGUUCCAUCUUGAAAAUUUAUAACGAUGAAGCUAACGGGUUACGAGUAGACCCAUUGGUUAUUUUAUUUUUAGCUGUCGGUUUUAUUUUCUCAGUUAUUGCUUUACAUGUCAUCUCCAAGAUGACUUCUAGUGCAUUCGGGGGUGUCUCUUCUUCCAAUGAAUAG